ACACUCAGUGCAUUUGAUAGAAACGUUUAUAUUUUUUGAAGGAUGACGUCAUAUUCACUGCAGACAUGUAAACAUUUUUGUACAUGACUUGGAAACCAUAAAACUAAAAGUAUUGGAUUAAAUAAAGAUCAUAAUGUCUAAAGGAUUUGGCGAAAGACUUCUAUGGGACGUAGCUAUUGACCAAGCCCAAGAAACGGAUGAUGGACCAAAAAGCGAAGAUGCAGCUCUUUUUUUUAUUGGAAGUAAAAAUUCAGGGAAAACAUCAAUAAUUCUGAGGUUUUUGGACAGAGAUGAAGCACCAAAACCUACUGUAGCAUUGGAAUACACAUUUGGUAGGAGAGCCAAAGGUCAUAAUAUUGCUAAAGAUGUUGGUCAUAUUUGGGAACUAGGAGGAGGCACGUGGCUGUCUAAGCUGAUGGAAGUACCACUGAAUCCAGACACAUUACAACAUACCACACUAGCCAUUGUUGUAGAUUUGUCCAAACCCUCGGAGAUCUGGUUUACCCUGGAGACCCUGCUAGCAGCGGCAAAGGCGAGGGUAGAGAACAUUCUGACAGAGAUGAAGCAGGAGUACCCCGGACUGAAGGAGAAAUUAUGCAAGAAAGCUUGGGAGAGAGUAGGGGAGGAACACUCAGACAAGGCAAUGAUAGAUCCUUUCCUCAUUCCGUUGAUAAUCAUUGGAGGAAAAUAUGAUGUGUUCCAAGACUUUGAUUCUGAAAAGAGAAAGGUUAUAUGCAAGACACUAAGAUUCAUUGCUCACACAAAUGGGGCAACAUUACAGUUCUGUGGACUUAAACAAGAGCAGCUUGUAAUGAGGAUGAGAGGUCUAAUCAGCCACCAUUUGUUUGGGACGACCAUGGGAAAAUCUCUCCAAGUGGACCACAAUAAACCUCUAAUGGUGGCAGCAGGCCAUGACUCCUUACAACAAAUAGGCACUCCUCCUUUAUCAGAACAAGACAUUGGUAGAGUCCAUGCAAAGAACCCUAUGCAGUUGUGGAAACAUGCAUUUACAGGAUUUUUCCCACAAGAUGACAUAUCAAACCCUGCCCUGGUUGAUGACCCCUCCAAGGAUCCCCAGUAUCAGGAGGCGGCCAUCGAUUCACUCAGAUCUCAGAAAGACGAGGAAUUGGAGAGAUAUCGCAGGUUGUGUGAAAGAAGAAGUAAAGAGGCCCAGAGAGCCGCCCAGACAGCAUACUGAUCAAUCCCAAUGAACUUAUUGAUUACAGAGUCUAGAAAAUCCACUCAUCGUCAGAUGCGGGACACCUGCAUAAACCAAUUCAAAUACUAGUGUACUGCCUCAGACUGAUCAGUGAAACAGAAAAAUUAUUUGAAAUCAGACCAUCACAUGUUCUUUCUCAUAGUUGAAUCCGUCCUUUUUUCAAAGACUUGUUUUAUCUACUUGCACAUUGUAUAUUUAUAUUGAUAUGUAGCUAUUUGCAGUUUGCAAAUAAAUUCUCUAAAUUAAAAAAUAA